AUGGGGACGAAAAGAGUCGCUGUGCUUUACCAAGCCAUAGAUCCUCCUGUCAUCAAUGGUGUACGCAAGCCGAUGAAACCUGGCGGAUACCGCGACUCGGGAGCCGAUAUCGCCUUCAAUCUCCAAGCCAGCAAGUCUGGCGACGCAAUCACUCCAGUCUCAGCACCAUCACCAGAUGAAGAUACCGAGUGGUGCUUUCCGGAUACCGAGGAGGGGAUCCUGGACGCCGUCAGGAAGGGAGCCACCCAUCUUUGGGCCAACACAAUCUUAUUUGCGUCUCAUCCAAUCCAGACUUCCGGGUCCCUCGAAAGCGUCCAAGAUACACUCAAAGUUAUCGGGCAUGGGCCUCUCGUAGUUGAAAAGUACGAUGACAAGGAAUUCGUAAACAACUUAUUCCGCAGCAUCGGCGGCUUUACAAUGCCUCGCUCCUGGACAACACACUUUGAUCCAGCAGCGGGGAAAAGGCUUGAGCAGUUCAGCCUGCCAUUUCCGAUCGUCGCAAAGCCCAUUCGCGGACGGGGAAGUCACGGCGUUCGAGUCUGCCAAAAUCUAGAGGAUCUCACCGCUCACACCAAAUUUCUCUUUCAAGAGUCGCCGAGCAUCAUGUUGGAAGAGUACCUCUCUGGCGAAGAAGCCACAAUCACAGUGAUGCCUCCGAAUGGAGAGAAGGAAGACUACUGGUCCUUACCUAUCGUCACACGCUUCAAUCAUCAAGAUGGAAUUGCGCCUUACAAUGGUGUGGUAGCGGUCACUGCCAACUCGAGGGUGACAACAAAGAAGGAGGAGGAGGAUCCUGCAUAUGGACGGAUAGCGAGGGAGUGCGAGGCAGCAGCAAGGGUAUUGGGUGUCGCGGCUCCCAUCCGAAUCGAUGUACGACGUUUUUCAGAGGCUCCUGGAUCUGACUUUGCCUUGUUUGACGUAAACAUGAAACCGAACAUGACCGGUCCUGGACGACCUGGGCGAGAUGACCAAGCGAGUCUAACGCUUUUGGCUGCUGAGGCGCUAGGGUGGGACUACCCAGAGCUGUUGAGGCAGGUUCUGGGCACUUCGUCGACGUUGAAGGUGCUGAGGAAAUUAAAGCCUAGAGAAGAAUAG